ACGAAACUUACGAUCGAUACUCGAUCGAUCGCGGUCGGAGUAACGUCGUCGAGGAGUCGUCGAUUGGAUUGUGAUUAAAAGAAAAACGUUUGGCUCGAUAAAAGAGCAAAAGUGCGAGUAUAAAUCGACGAGAAAAGCUUGGUCGAUUCGUUUCCUGCUAAUUCUCGUCCCCGUCCCCGUUGCCAGCCGAUUUCUCCGUCCGGGACACAGAGAAAGAAGACGUCGACUGGUCGAUUAGAAUCGAGGGGACCCGAUGACGGGGAGGAAGAGAAGGAGGUCUCGGGACUCGACGAACGAGAUGGGCAGGAUUGAUCGGAAAGAGGCUAUGCUUGACGCCUAAUUAAAUCGAUUAGACUUUGGGGUUAAUUGUUCUGGAACGUGAGUUCCCUUGCACGCGUCUGUCGCCGCUACCGUUAUCGUCGUCGUCCUCGUUAUUCCGUGCUUUCAAGUGGUGGAUCGUGUGUACGCGAGACGAACGAUCGGUUCGGCCAUUCGCUGGACGAGAGGGAGAAAUCGACGCGUCGCCGAUCGUAUCGAAACUAUUACGGAUCAGAUCGGUCGGCCAGUGAGUCUAGGAAGAAAUUUCGGUGCUAAGUGACGAUUCGUGUUCGACCACGCCGUAUAUUUGGCAUUCGUAUCGGCCGAACCGCCGGUGUCACUUCUUUUUCACCAGCGUACUCUCCCCUGUUUCUUCUCUUCUUUUUUUCCCGCUCUUCUGCUUCGUUCGUUUUUUUAACGUUGUUACCCUCCCAAUUCCGGUUCUUUUUUUACUCUCGUUUUCCCAGGCAGUUUACUCUCGUUUCUAAUCGUUCCUUUUCUACGAGACCGCUCCGAUCGGAUUGAACCGUCCACGACACCGGUUGUCAUCGGCAUGUGAGUCAAAGUGAACAACAGCGUGAACAACGACUGGUGUCCAUUGUUGCAUUCCGUGGUCAGUGCUCUGUGUCUUGCUAUCCUUUCUCGUUGACAAACAGCACGGGUCUUCGUGGCCGUAAUCGCGGUUGGUCCGAGUGACAGGCCUGCGUAGACCGGCUUCCAUGAGCCGCUAGAACGCCGCGGCUCCGACCUCGAUGAUUACUCAAUUAGUUCAAAACUCGUGCUCCCAUAGUGUAAACUGUGAAACGAUUCGACUAGGUUCCAGAGUGACUGGGUGAUCGCGUCAGUGUGAACGGGAUAGUUCCUUGGAAGCGAAGUUUCGUGUGUCAUUCGUUGCUAAAUAUCGUGAUUCGACCUGGGAAAUCCGAUUAUGCGGACAAACAGUCGCGGUGAUCGAUGAUCCGCGCGAUCCUCGACGCUUUUCACUCGCGGAAGCAGCCAGUUGGAACCGACGAACGGUGUGCUUCCUGAUGUUCGCCGUAAUUGUUCGACGGUGGAUGGGGUCGUCACGGCCAUAAAGCCGAUCAGCUGGAAGGAGAUUCGAAGCCGACUGAGGAUGUCCUCAAAGAGGAAGUCACCACCAACGAAGCUAUCGGAGGGCGGGGGCGGUACGGGUACAGUGGCAGGCGCCAACGAGGAGGAGGAGGAUACGACCUCGUCGGUGACCGGUGGUCCCGGUGGCGAGGUAGCCGUCGGUGAAGAAGGUCCUACCACCCCCGUCGAUAUCGAGGAGUGUUACCCUCAUCAGAGGGGAGGUGACUGCGAGUCGUCCGGCUGUUCGUCGCCGGCGACUACCAGCGAGCCGGAUCUCCGAGAUUCGCCCUCGCCGUCGUCGAAUUCCCUGCAAAGCAAACGACAAAGGAUCGUUUUAUCCAGCCAGGAGACUCUAGCCUCCUACCAUUAUCCUCACCACCAUCACCAUCACCAUCAUCAUCAUCACCAUCACCACACGAACACAUCGUCGUCGUCGGGUGGUGUCGUGGAACCGGCCAGCUCCUCGGAGUGUGGCUCACCGCCAACCCCCUUAACCGUCGACCCCUAUUACCCGAGCCAUCCUCACCACAACAACAACAACAAUACCGUCACGCAGAAUAAUAACAAUAACAACGGCGGUAACGCAACAACUGUUACGAGUAAGAGAUCCAUGGACGACGUUCUGAAGAGGUUAACCUGUAAAAUGAACAGCGAGUCGCUGUCGUUGCAGGACGAUACCAGUAAUAACAGGCGGAACAGUCCGCCACCCUCCUCUACGCCGACCGGACACAACGCGCACUGCGGAGGCGUCGCCAGCGUGGCGAACAGCGUGCCACCCUCACCCCCGGCCUCUGGCAGGAUGCAGAACACGGAAAGUCAGGUCCAGCAGGAUAGCGCGUCAGCAUUCCUCUUCACGGAAAGCUUCGCAGAGAAGGAGCGCAGGCUCUCCGAGAUGAUCCUACAGCUGCAGCUGCUCAGGGAACAAUUGCUGCAACAGCAAGAUCAGUCGAAGUCGUAUCCUGCGCACAUGACCGUCGACUCGCAGAAGCAAAUCGAGAUACAACGGAUGCAAACGGAGCACUUGAAGCGGCAGCAAGAGCACAUCAUGCAGCACAACAUCCAGGAGCUACAGGCUCAGAUGACAAAGAGCCAGCUGAGCAUGUCGGGGCCGCAAUCCUUGAUGUUCCUACCGUUUCUCGAACAGCUCAGAGGGUUGCCGGUGCAAUCGCCUAUGCCGCCACCGCCGGCUACGUCGACGUCAACCACCACCAACAAACAUAUCAAUUCGAUCGCUAACAUGAUCAGCAGUCAUCGAGAAGGACCGAGUUGGGCGACGGCGCAUCUCGCGCAAAUGACCACGCAGAUGGAGAAGGAAGCGUCGCCGACGCCGAUCUCAUCCGCCGUAGCACCAACCGCACCUCCUCUGCAAGAUCUCGACGCGCCUCUCAACCUCACCAAGCCGAAAUCCUCGUCGUCUGGAGCCACGGCAUCUUCCUCGUCACCUGGUAGCGACUCGCACUCGACAGGGGCCGGAAGUAGCGGUCAACAGGAGCAACCAGUCGCGGCAACCGCGCCGAAACUCUUUCCGCCUGGCCUACCGAUGCCACGGAAUUAUCUCACAACCCUUCCUUAUGCAGGUCUGCCACCUCAUCUGAGCACCCUCUCCUCGCCAAUGGGCAAGGUAAUGGCCAAAGACGAAGCGGCUGGACCAGGAGGUGCCGUGACUGCCGCCGCGGUUGCCGCCGUCGAAAAGCAUUUCGCUAUGCGUGGCAUUUACGGAAUACCACCGAGUGCUGGUGCAAUGCCUCCGUCGCCGCAGACUCAACGACCGAUCAAGCACUCCAGUUCCCGGGAGGAGGCUGCGCAGGAGGAACAGGAUUAUCUGUCCACGCCCCACAUGUGGCGGGAGCCGGGUUACAAGGUACCGGAAGACAUAACGGAAAAAGCUAAAAUGGUGAGACAGCAGAAGAGGGAGGGUGAGAACAAGCCACAUAUCAAGCGGCCUAUGAACGCGUUCAUGGUGUGGGCCAAGGACGAACGUAGGAAAAUUUUGAAAGCCUGCCCGGACAUGCAUAAUUCCAACAUAUCGAAAAUACUCGGUGCUCGAUGGAAAGCGAUGUCGAACUCCGAGAAACAACCAUACUACGAGGAACAAUCACGGCUGUCGAAGUUGCACAUGGAGAAACACCCCGACUACAGGUACAGGCCGCGACCAAAGCGCACCUGCAUCGUUGAUGGGAAGAAGAUGCGCAUAUCCGAGUAUAAGUCGCUGAUGCGGCAACGACGGCAGGAAAUGAGGCAGCUCUGGUGUCGUGACAGCGGGCCAGAGAUGAGCUUCCUGUCUCCGGUGGGCUCGGAUCUUAGCACGCAACAUCAUCCGGGAACGGGGGCGGCCGGACCAUCGGCAAGGCCUAGCGUGUCGCCGCCGGCUACCAUGCUGAACGGCGGUGCGGCUGGUCCCAGUUCCGAUCAUCCAUCGUUCUACUAUACGCAAGACAGUUUAUCACCGUCGGAUAUGAUGAACUUCUCGCCGGAGAACUCAGGCUCGAUCGGUGGCUACGACGCCAGUCCGCGACAUCACGACGAAGAUUGAACCGCAGCUCCGGGUCAGCCACCAUGGCCGCCCGGAGCAUCAUCUUCAGCAGCAGCAGCAGCAGCAGCAGCGUCAACGUCGAGGCUCGGCCACGAGUUGUUCUGGUAAAACUUCUGGUGGUUCGCGUGAAAGGAAUAUAUACGCAUGAACGCGUGUAUCGUCGCGUGAACAGAAACGUGGAAACGAUAUAUGUAGUCGAUUGUCGGGGGAUAGAAAAACGUUCUCGAAGAGUGACUGAGCGUUUCGAAGCCUCGCUCGAGAGGUUGUGAUAUAUAACAAUUCUGUGCCAUCGUACGACGCGUGGAGGCCCUCCCGCGGAUUCGAGCGGCGAUGUGUCCUGCUUCCUUGGAUCCGCCGUCGUCGCGUCAUCGUAUCGCCCAAUAUGUCGCGCGAUUCGUUAUGAGAUACGUUGCUCGUGCACACAUGGCUGAAAGAUCGUGCGUAACUCGGGCAUAUACAUCACGACUCGAAUCUUUGGGACAGAGUGUCAUGAUGUAGAGUCACGUGACCGAUAUCGGCCAACCAACCCUUUCUCGCUAUGCGCUACGUAUACAUGUACGUCGAACGAUUCACGGGACACCGGUGAACGUGAGCUCGACGUGGAUAACGGCAUCGUGCGGAGCUCUGAUGGUUUCCUGCUUGCUUAUGCUGUUACUAAGAGGAAUGGGGUGGGAAAGCAGGCGCGACGGUUGAUCCAUGCCGACGGGACAAUGAACACGACGGCGGCACGAGAGUUACCAAUGGUAUAUUCCGUUGGUGUAAUCAAAACCGCGACCAAGGCGGCGCAAAUCUGCGAACGAUAAGGUCUAAUCGUCGUUAGGUAACGUUCUAGGUAACGAGAUAUGCGCGUGAGUAGAAUUCUCGAUCAGGUAACGAACGUCGAUUCGCGUGUCAACGUAUGUCGGUAUCCAUCUCGCGGGUGUUUUCCGUACGCGGGAGCGCAGAGUAACAUGAACGCUAGAAUUAUACAUAAAAAAUAAAUGAGGUAAAUAAAUACAAAUAUAAAACGAUAUAUAUAUACACACACAUUUUAUAUAUAUAUAUAUAUAUAUACACACACACACAUAUAUAUAUAUACACAUAUAUAUAUAUACACACAUACCUGAUUUUUCGUAAGACUGCCAUGUGUCACGUGUGUGCGCGCGCGCCAGAAGGAUCGAUCCGAUGCACUCUCCCGCCGAUGCUCGAUCGAAUUCGUUUCUAUCGCGUUUCGUAUGAGCCGCGUUUCAACACACCGCGAGACGAUCGCGACACGUAUUUCUGUGUGUACGUGCGUGAGUGUGUGUACGAAAAUACGGUGAGCGGCCAAAAAAGUCUUGUUCCUAUUCCUUCUAGUGUGUGUGUGUGUGUGUGUGUCUGUCUUUGUGUGUGUGUGCGCGCGUGUGCGUGUGCGUGCGCGUCUAUAGCGAUACGCCAUUCCGGUCGGCCGUGUCAAUACGUGAGAAACGAAGAUAAAUAGAAACGACAGAAAUAAAAGAACAAAAGAUAAAAAUGUAAGAAAUUGAACGUAAAAAAGAGAAGUAAAAAAGAAAGAGAAAAAAGAAAAAGCUGUGGUCCGUUAGUAUCCUGCAGCAUCACGCGUUUUCCGAGUAUACGCGGCAACACGCGUUAUUAGAUCGUAUAGUUAUCCCACGUUCACGGCGGACGGUCCUUUUUUUCAUAUUCACAUGCAAUCACUGAUAUCCGGUGUAUCGCACGAGGACCGGGACAGAGGACGAGAAGAAAAUGUGGAAUUCCACAUUCCGUCACGCGAUAUGAACCCGCUCGAGUCACAGGGGUGUGUGGCCACUUCGUUUCGCGUCUAAAAACACACUUAUAGUACUUAUAGUAUUUUUCGCGAUUAAUUUAUGAACCUAACGUUAAGCGGAGUUAACGUUAAGCGGAGGCAAGACGAAGAGAACUUUUUUUUCUAAAUAAAAGAGAAACCAAAAUCUAAAGAGAAGUAAUCGAAGUGUAUUAUUAGAAGGAAAGGAAGUGUGUAUGUAUAGGAAGAAUGAAUAGAGAGAAAGUGAGAGAGGGACACGCACGGCGUCAAUUUUAGUACAAUGUUAUUGCGUAAAAUUACGGACGGGGAAAUUAGCGUUAUUUAUUGUAAACGAUGUAAACGAACGAAUAAUCAAAUUCUAAUACGACGUUGUGUGUUUUGUUUUUCGAUGUUUUCCGGACACACGUUGUUACAUUUUUUCUCCGUUUUUCAUUUCCUUCGAGUUGUGCGAAUUCGUGAAAGCACGAUCAACCUGAUGGGAGCCGAUCGAGAGAAUCUAGAGACCGUUGUUUACCGUGAUGUUAGUGGAUGUCAUAGAAAAAAAGAAAAAAAAAAAAGGAAGGAAAGGAGGAAAAAAACGAGCACCGUCUCGUAACGAGAAAAAACAAUAUAGAACUAUAGGGCGUAAAGUCUCGUAAGUAAUUCGGUAAAACGAAUUGUACCGAAACUGGAAAAAUCGGGAGCUCGAUGUGAUAAUACUUAUGUGCCAAAUAGCGUUUUCGCGGACCGGAGGUUUGCGACGAUAUAACGUCCCUUCCGGUUCCCGGGUCGGCAGAGUUGGCUCGACGUGAAAAACUCGAUAACUUCUACGUCUCUUUUUUCACCGUUUUUUCUUUUCUCUUUUUUUUUUUUUGUUAUUUAUAAUCAGUGCAAUUCUAUACAAGGUACCUAAUAUAAUUUUAUAAAGAGAGCCAGUAUCCUCGAUAUAUCUGUGCCCGCGUUUCGUCGGGUGCUUUUCGAAUACCGCGGCCGGCGGCAGAUAGGAUAGCUUAAUGUUGAUAAUAAUUUAUUUUAUGUAUAUACAUGGAUUUGUACAACUGCGUCGGCGGUGUGUUCGUCGAUCGAAAAAGAAAGCACGAGAGUGUGAACGGUAUUGAGAGGAUGAGAAAGAGAGAGAGAGGGAGAAAUCGACCGACGCAAAAAAAGUGUCAAUACUAUUGAAUGUACAGUGUAACUAUAUUGUGAUGUAUCUUGCAUAGCGCCACAUAUAUGUAAUUUACUCGACAACACGUAGACUUAACGAAAUGUUAAAAAUGCGAUGCAUAUUCUUAUUUUCAUUUGGUCAUUAUUAUCUCUAUUAUUAUCCUUAAUAUUAUUAUUGUCACAUCAGUUUUAUUUAGUACUAUUAUUAUUAUUGACUAUUAUUAUGAUUAUUAUUAAUAUUAUUAUAUUAUUUCUCUCUCUUUUUUUUUUAAAUAAUUAUCCUUAUUACGCAUAGCAAUAGAAGUUGUACGUGCCAGUUCAGAUGACAACGACGACGACAACGGGCGACACGAAGCUCGUCGAUCAUUUGCGUGCUCGAAUACUCAAAAAUUUUCAAUGUCGUAUCGCUCACGCAACAAUUAGAUGUUUUUUUUUACAUUUACACUGAAACGUUUUUUUUUCUUUCUCUUAUCACGUCCUGGAAAACCGAAAGGUGCACUUUCGUUAAACAUUUCUACGUUUCCUUCGAGCAAUUGCGUUUCAUCCUUUCUUAUUUUUCCAUUUCCUUCUUCUUCACCAAUUUGACCUUCAAAUAACAAUAAUUCUACCCUAUUCAUUCUACAAGUAACCAAUUAUUCAAUAAAUUAAUUGAUAUGUGGAGGGUAUAAACGCACCCAUUGCAUGUUAUUUCCUAUUGUGCCAUAUAUUCGUAAUCUUUCAAAAUAAUUCGCUCUUCUCAUUUUUCUACCUUCUUCCGCGAUUUCUUCCGCCCUUUUACAUUCAAGAACGCAUUUCCGAAUCGCGUACGUACAAUUAAGCUGUUAAGAAAUUUUCAUCGAUUUUGAUUAUCCCCAGCACGUUGUUUUCUUUAUAAAGUUCAGUUCUGCAUUUCAUGGACAGAUCAGUUUUGUCGGGAACGACAGAUGCUAAGUACACAAUUUUUUCCUCCUUUUAUUUUUCUUUCUUUUCGUUUGUAUACCUAGAAACGAACGUUUUCACGAUAAUCUCAAUGCACUCGCUGUAAAUUCAUCGGAUUUCAAAAGAAAAAAAAAAAAAAAAGAAAAGAAA